UCGAAUGUUGAAAGAUUAUGGAUAAAAAGAAAAUGUAUAUAUAAAUCUAACAGUAAGAAAUGAUGAAGGCGUAGAAGGCCCGGUCCAAAGGCCCAACGCAAAAACCCCUGUACACCGCCGGCCAACAGUGAAUUUGGCCACCAUAAGCAGUAAGCACAAGGGCACGCCCACAAAACAGGAUUAGGGUUUGGAACGCAACGAUUUUGGAGUUUCGAUUUCGAUCAGUUAGACAAGGAUUAAACUGGCCUCUAUUUUCUUUCUGGGAAACUCGCGGCUUCUAAACUUUGAGAAAUUCUGGAAUUCAUUUCUCUGUAGAUUAUUUUGUCUUUUACUGGCCUGUUGAGCAUUGUUAUCCUCUUGAUUUUUCAUUCAGAGUUCUUUCUUGCCUGUCUUUGUUACUUUUGUUGCUAUGUUUUGAUGAUCCCUGGAUUUAGAAUCAAUCACAUUGCUACUCCUUGGUCCAUACCUCAUGGCACAGUUUCUAUCAAAAUUCUUACUCUGCUAUUCCAUUUGGCCUCUCAUAUUGUUUCCACCUUUCCAUAUUUGCAAUCUCUCUUCUAUGAAUGCUUCUGGCAUCUGUGCUUCCUUCACAGUUCCCCUGCAAGUUUGCUUUUUUAGAUGCACAAAAUGCCUGGGACAAGGCAGAGAGAUGUAACAGCCCAAAAUCCAGAGUCUCCAGAGAGGAACAGUGAGCCUGAAAAACCUACAGAUUCCGAUGAGCAGGUAGACCUUGAUGGAGACAAUGAUCAAGAGGAGACAAUAGAGGAAGAAGUUGAGUAUGAAGAAGUAGAGGAGGAGGAAGAAGUGGAAGAGGAAGAAGAAGAAGAAGAGGAGGAAGAGGAAGAGGAGGUGGAGGAGGGGGAGGAUGAAGAAGAGACUAAGCCCUCGGAUGUCGAAGAUGGGAUGAAAGUGGCAGAUACUGAGGAUGAAGUUGAGAAAAAGAAACAUGCUGAGCUUCUUGCUCUUCCACCUCAUGGGUCAGAAGUCUACAUUGGGGGCAUUCUGCAAAAAGUUUCUGAAGAAGAUUUAAGAGUCUUUUGUCAGUCUGUGGGAGAAGUUUUGGAGGUUAGGAUUAUGAAGGGAAAAGAAUCUGGUGAAGCAAAAGGUUAUGCUUUUGUGACCUUCAAGACGAAGGAAUUGGCAUCUAAGGCUAUUGACAAGCUAAACAACUCUGAAUUUAAGGGAAGAAAAAUAAAAUGCUCAACGUCUCAGGCUAAGCAUAGGUUGUUCAUUGGUAAUGUUCCUAGAAAUUGGACUGAAGAAGAUAUGAAGAAAGUUGUUGCAGAGAUUGGGCCUGGAGUCAUUUCUGUGGAACUGUUGAAGGAUCCACAGAGCUCUGGCCGUAAUAGGGGGUUUGCCUUUAUUGAGUAUUACAAUCAUGCUUGUGCAGAAUAUUCAAGGCAGAAAAUGUCAAAUUCAAACUUUAAACUUGACAGUAAUGCUCCAACAGUGAGCUGGGCUGAUCCAAGGAAUUCUGAAUCCUCUGCAGUCUCUCAGGUAAAAGCAUUGUAUGUAAAGAACCUUCCAGAAAACAUUACUCAGGAUCGACUAAAGGAGCUAUUUGAACAUCAUGGAAAGAUCACAAAAGUGGUUCUCCCUCCUGCCAAAGCUGGACAAGAAAAAAGCAGAUUUGGUUUUGUGCACUUUGCUGAAAGGUCAAGUGCCAUGAAGGCAUUGAAGAAUACUGAGAAAUAUGAAAUUGAUGGUCAAACUUUGGAGUGUUCACUUGCAAAGCCACAGGCAGAUCAGAAGUCAUCUGGGACAGCAAAUUCACAGAAGUCUAUUGUACUUCCCACAUAUCAACCUCCUCUUGGUUAUGGUAUGAUUGGAGGUGCCUAUGGUGCUAUUGGUGCAGGAUAUGGUGCUGCUGGCUUCGCACAACCACCUAUGUAUGGUACCGGAGCAACCCCUGCUGGCAUGGCAAUGAUGCCGAUGCUUUUACCAGAUGGAAGGAUUGGAUAUGUAUUCAAUUGCAACUGAGGCUUAAAAGUGUCGAUGUCUCAAGGCAUGGAGCUCAACAGAUAAAGACAAAUAGGGACUUCUGUUUAUGGAGUCAUGAUUCUUGUAAGAUUAAUACUUCUACUUAAGGCUAAGAUUCAACCAUGCAUCUCAAUCAGCUUUUCAUAUAAUUUUUAUGUGUAUCUUGCCCUCAAUUUAUCGUUCUCAAAAUUCUUCGAGAGCAGAGCAUAGUGAUAAGGACACAAGAUAAGUCUUGCUAGACUAAUGAAAAAUUAUAAAGUAGGUGUGCGGUUG